UGGGCAUCUGCAAGCAUAGAAAAAAGAGCGGGAAUCGAACCAUAGAGAAAGUUGUUUAUGUUUUUGUUCGUUCGUUUACGUAUACAUUUGAAGUGUGAAUAUAUAUUUAAUUAGUUGAAAUUUGUGAAAUUAGUCAUUGUAUUAUAAUCGUGGUAGUGUAAAACUGUGAGCGACAAUGUCAGAUAUUCGAGACAUGACGGAUGAGCAGAUAAUGCAACUUAUUGGUUCAUCUGCACAUACAAUAUCAUUGUGCAACCAGGAAUUGCAAAAUAGAAAACGAAGGGAUAGUGAAAGUAUGUCCACUUCUUCUUCAAGUACUGCUCCUAAAACGCCACGAACCGAUAAUGAGAGUGAUCAGAGUGUUUUACAAAGUGAUGAAAGUGAUGUGGAAAGUGAUGAUAGUGAUGAUGUAGGGGACAGAGGAAAUGGGGGUGCUAUUAUUGUAAGAAAAACGGUCAAGUGCAACAUUCCACACUGCACGCUAUGCAAAUAUGUUAAUCAGUCUGAGUUUGUUCCUAAUAUGUUAUAUGCAACUCGACCACUUCAUUUCAAGAUUUCGAAGGAAGACUUUACUUGCCAUUUUCCAAAGAAAGGUGUUUAUGCAAUGAUUUGCAUAAACCCCAAUUGUCCUGACAAAUAUGUUGGACCCAUCUACUUUGGAAUUAGCGGAGAAGGGAAAGCUACACUACAGUCAAGGAUGAACGAUCAUAUUGGUCAAUUUGAUAACACGGGAGCUGCAGGAGUAGAUUGUCACUUCGCUGGUGAAUGCAAAGAUUUCAUGCGUUUUCUGUUCUUGAAACAAAUCAGUGAUUUACGGAAGCGCAAAAUAAAAGAGACGCAAUACAUGCAUCGUUUCGGGACAUUGGAUCGACUAAGGGGAAUGAAUGGGAAUGUCAGUGUCGCCUCAUUGCCAUCUCGAAGUAUUGGUCUAAGUCUACCAGAACGUGGAGACACCGUUUCCGUCAGGCAGACUCAUAAGCUAGUGAUGUCACGAAAAAACCAGAAAAGUGCAAAAAAAGUUCCAACUGUACACUUUCAGACACUAGUUGUUGCAUUUAUAAAGGCAAACCCUGCUUUAACAUCAUUUACCGCUAUUGAUGUAGCUGACUUUAUUCAUGCCAAUUAUCCUCACUACUAUUCAAAAUCAACAAACAUGCAGAAUUCACUUUCUAAUCGUCUGAAAGAAAAUGUCAGUGGCAAAGUCAAAGAGACGAGUUCUUACUACUCGAAUUGGUUUACUUUGUUGGAAAAAGGUAGUGUGGAGUCUAAUAAACCUUCAAAAUUUCUAUUGAACAACAACUUUGAUGAGGAAGUAUACGCAGAAGGAUUAAAGGCUCUCGUUGAUUUUGAAAAAUCAGAACAAGAAAGGGACUCAGCAUCGCCAUUUACAACACCCUCACCUAGAACUGUCCGACGAACUUAUGUUAACGAAAAUGAUUCUGACUCGGAUUGAAUGCCAUUCCAAACUUAACUUAAUACAUUAUAUAAACAUGAUUAAACCUAAUUUUAGUUCUUAUGAUGUCAUUAUAUAUUGACUUGCAAUUGUUUGAUGACAUUUGAUGUGUAUAUAUGAAUUAAAGUUUUGUAUUAUUAAAUUAAUGUCCCAAAUCAGAC